UCUUUCUCCAAAAUGUCUGAACACAAUCUUAAUAUCAAAAGAAGAUUGUUAUAUAUUACUUUAUUUAUUGUUCUCACUGUUAUCAGUGAACAGUAUAACCACCGCGUGACCUUUGACCUAUCGUUAUUGGCAUCAUGAUAAUUUGUAAGCGUCGAGUUAAUUUCACCCAAAUAACAGUCAUUUGUGUUUGAAAAUGUGUUCAAGAAGCAUCACCCUAGCUAAAAAUAGACUGUCUCCAAGCCAUGUCAGUAUCACGGGUAUACAAAUCCGCAGAUUGAGUGAUAGUGCUGAAAAAGUUAGGAAAACUCCAUUAUACAAUUUGCAUAAGAAAAAUGGUGGCAAAUUGGUUGAUUUUGCCGGUUUUUUGUUACCUGUUCAGUACUCCGAUUUAAGUGUGUCCGCGUCUCAUCUGUUCACAAGAAGCAAUGCUUCCAUUUUCGAUGUUUCUCACAUGCUGCAAACUAAUGUAUGCGGAAAGGACUGCGUUUCGUGGUUCGAGUCUCUCUGUCCGGUUGAUUUGAGAGGAAUGCAGCCGGGGACCGGGUCGCUGACAGUGUUCUUGAAUGAGAAAGGUGGGAUCAUCGAUGAUCUUAUUGUAACCAAAGUGAUGGAGGACCAACUGUACAUAGUUUCCAACGCUGGACGUUUAGAGGUCGACAGACAGCACAUGAAGGAAACGUCUGAUGUGUUUCGCAAAAACGGCAAAGAUGUGACAGUUAAUUUUUGGGACGUCACCGAAAGGGCUCUGAUAGCUGUGCAAGGGCCAAAAGCUGCGAGUAAUUUACAAAGUUUAACAGACAUUCCACUGCAGGACUUAACGUUUAUGACGUCGCGUGAAGGAUCAGUUGCAGGCGUGAAUUGUCGUGUAACUCGGUGUGGUUAUACAGGGGAGGAUGGUUUCGAGAUAUCCAUACCAGCAGACAAAGCGGAGAGUGUAACAGAAGCACUUUUAGAAUCAGGAGACGUAAGACUAGCAGGCCUCGGCGCGAGGAAUUCAUUGCGUUUGGAAGCUGGUUUGUGUUUGUAUGGGAAUGACAUUGACGAGAACGUUACACCAGUGGAAGCUGCUUUAACGUGGUUAAUCGCUAAGAGGCGCCGUACAGAUACUAACUUUCCAGGUAGCGAUGUAAUAAUGAGACAAAUCAAGGAAGGCGUAAGUAAACGAAGGGUUGGGAUUAGGAUGGACACUGGAGCGCCUGCUAGAAAAGACGCAGUUAUUAAAAAUGUUGAAGGGCAAAAUGUAGGUAAAGUUACAAGCGGAUGUCCCAGUCCUUCUCUUGGAGGCAACGUCGCAAUGGGUUACGUCUCUGAAGGGCUAAAGAAAAUUGGCACCGAAUUAUACGUCAACAUUCGAGGUAAGGACGUGCCCUGCAAAAUCGCCAAAAUGCCGUUUGUACCGUCCAAAUAUUACGUUAAAAAAUAAAAAUGCUUAUUAAUAAUACAA